AUGUCAUUCUUCGGUGUGAAUACGGGCUAUCAUGAGGAGUACACCGGAUAUAAUCCGAGAACUCACUCCAAACUGGCCGAGAAGGAAGGCUUCCAUCUCGGAAAUGGCUCCGACGACCCGAGAACCUUGUAAGUUGGCUUUUCAAAACACGUAGGUGAUUUGGCUCUUAAGGUACGUCGGAAAUCUUGAUCCUUCGAUUUCUGAGGAUCUCAUAUCGACGCUGUUCAACCAGAUAGGAGCCGUGACCAAGACGAAAGUGAUAUUUGACGUGAGUUUGCCGAAAAAGCCUUGACCCACUAAACCAUUGCAGAAAACCAGAAAUUUCCGCGGUACGUGCAAUUUUCCUCCGCUUUUAUUGAUUUUUUCUCCUCUGUGACAAAUUUUAAACUGAUUUUUUCUAAUUUCACAGGACUUGGUGAGGGGUACCUGGCUACAAAUGCACAAGGCGGCAACCAACACACCGACACUGAGACAGUGUAUAUAAUUUUUCAUUUAAAAUUAAUUUUUGUUCAGUCUGAGUGUGAAAACACCGCGUUUUGAAAAUCUAGGAAAACUGUUUGAAACGUUCGAUUGACACAACAAAAUUGAUAUUUCCAGGGCUCGAAUGAUCCAUACGCCUUUGUCGAAUUCGCGGAUCAUCAGCAGGCGUCGCAAGCACUGCAAACGAUGAACAAGCGGCUUCUUCUCGACAGAGUGAGUUUUAGCUCAGAAUUUCAGUGGUCAAUUUUUUCUUGCAGGAAAUGAAGGUGAACUGGGCCGUCGAGCCAGGACAGCAGCAAUCGAGAGUGGAUACUACCAGACACUUCCAUGUCUUCGUCGGAGAUCUUUCUUCGGAAGUCGACAACCAGAAGCUCCGCGAGGCAUUCCUGCCGUUCGGAGAUGUCUCUGACGCCAAAGUCAUUCGCGACACGAACACGAACAAGUCGAAAGGAUACGGUUUCGUCUCGUAUCCGAAAAGAGAAGAAGCCGAGAGAGCCAUCGAGCAAAUGAACGGACAGUGGCUCGGAAGGCGCACAAUCAGAACCAAUUGGGCGACGAGAAAGCCGGGAGAUUCGGAGAGACCGACGCUGCACAACGAGAAGUCGUACGACGAGGUGUUCAAUCAGACUUCGGCCGACAACACUUCCGUGUACGUCGGCAACAUCGCGUCGUUGUCGGAGGACGAGAUUCGUCAAGCGUUCGCGUGUUUCGGACGCAUCUCGGAGGUUCGCAUCUUCAAGAUGCAAGGUUACGCUUUCGUGAAGUUCGAUCACAAGGACGCUGCCGCCAAGGCGAUCGUGCAGAUGAACAAUCAGGAGGUUUCCGGUCAUCAGAUCCGUUGCAGCUGGGGAAAGACAGGAGAUGUAAGUAUUGUGCGCGAGUCGACCGAAAACAAUAUCGAAAAGUUACAGACGGGAAAGCCAUCUGGAGGCGGUUACGGCUACGGAUACGGAGGUCACGGCUCGGGCGGUGGCAACUCGCAGGCAUACCCCGGAUACUCUGGCUACGGAGGAUCCGGCGGAGCUCAAGGUGGUGGUCAAAGCCAGCAGCAAGGCCAGGCCUCAAACGCGAACAGCCAGUACUGGCAGUACUACGCCCAGUACUACAACAAUCCCCAACUGAUGCAGCAGUGGUCGAACUACUGGCAACAGCACGGAGGAACGCCCCAGCAGCAGAAUGCUGGAAGCCACCACUAA